CGCGGAGUUGGCCUUGACGAUACUCUUUUCGUAUUUCUUUUCAUGAGCAACGUGCUGCAGUUUAGAUCAUUUCAUAAGAGGCAUUUCAGCCCGGAACAAGUCAAAUAUUGGCAGCAACAAGUUCUGAAUCAGCAACAACCAAACACAUCGUCGCAAUGGCAACAGUAUAGUAACACAGUAUAUGACUCAAGGCAUCCUCAUUAUGACUACGACUAUACCAACUACCCGUCUGAAGGAUUAGAAAAUAAGAGCGAAACUGACGUUGAUAUGACGGAAGCAGAACGAGAAGAGUUUGACGAAGAAGAAGGACAACAGCAGCAAACAACACUAUCUCAAGAAGCUAUAGAAAUAUUCAAGUUUUCUGAAGCGUACCGUAAAGAACGUAAGUUCUUGAUGAAAUAGAUAGAUCGUGUCUUUUUAUUCUAAUGCGAUGUUUCUACUUGUAGGUGAAGAGUUAGAAGAUAAGGUCGAGGAAGAAGAAGAACAUGACAAGUGGAUUACGGAUGCAUAUAGGAAUGGAAUUGAAGCACCUGUCACUUGUCUCGUAUACCAUAAUAACAACAGUGAUGAUCAUAAUGAUGCC